AUGGUGACGGGCGGGGGUCCGCCGCCGCUCCCUGCCGCUCCGCUGUUGAGGGAUGGUCGCCGCGGCGGCCGGCCGGGGGGUUGUGGUCGCCGCCGAGCCAUGGGGCUUCGCCGCCUGGCCUGGCCGAGGGCUCCGGGCGGGCUCCCUGUCCCCCUCGCCCUCUUCCUGGUCCUGCUGGCGGGGAGGCCGGGCUGGGCCCUGCAGGAUGUCACCGCCCAGCUCUUCGGGGAGCAGGCCUUCGGGACGGUGGCCGCCUUCGGGGACUUCAACUCCGACAAGCAGACGGACAUCUUCGUGCUGAGGGGAGGCAGUGAAUUAAUUAUCUUCUUGGCAGACCAAAAAGAACCCUAUUUUAAACCCAAAGUCAGUCUCAAAUUGAAGAGUGAGAUAACCAGCGUGGUUCCUGGCGAUUAUAAUGGCGAUUCACAAAUGGAUGUCCUCCUGACAACUCGCCCACAGAAUCAAACCAGUGCUGACCUAUCAGUGCUUAUUUACUUGGGAAAUAAUCAAAACCUAGAUACCUAUCGUAACAUUUCAUCAAACAACACUUUUCAAGAUGAGCCACUAAUCAUGGAUUUCAAUGGUGAUUUAGUUCCUGAUGUUUUUGGAGUACCGACCAACUCUGCAACGCCACAAAUACUAAUUGGCAGGGAGCUAAAAUGGUAUCCGGUACCGAAACUGCCAAGCAAAAUGCGUCGACCUCACUCUCAUGCAUUCAUAGAUUUGAGUAAUGAUUUCACUGCAGAUUUGUUCCUUACAACAGAAACCUCAGAUGGAAUUCAGUUCCAAACAUGGGUAAAUCAGGAGGGAAAUUUUUCCAACGCUACAUACACCAACCAGAAGCCCACAGAUGUGAAGGUUGUCGGACAAUCAGUGUUUGCAGAUUUUGAUGGUGAUGGACAGACUGAGCACUUGCUGCCAGCCUGUGAUGACGAAGCCUGCCGCAAGAGUGUCAUCUACCUAUCUAAGCCACGCUUGGGCAAAUGGUUUCCAGUGUUGCUGGACUUCACAAACAAAGGCACUUUAUGGGGCUUUGUUCUACCUAGUCCAGCUUCAGCUACGUUUUCAGUCCCUAUCACCCUUCACAUCGGAGAUUAUAACAUGGAUGGCUAUCCGGAUGCACUUGCCAUAUUGAAAAACACAUCUGGAAGCAACCAGCAAGCUUUCUUAUUAGAGAACGUCCCAUGCAAUAACGCGAGCUGCAAGAGCGUCGGCCGCAUGUUUAAGGUCCACUGGGAUCUCUCGGAUCUAAAUCAAAUCGAAGGCGCGGUGGUGGCAACCUUCUUUGACAUUUAUGAAGACGGCAUCUUGGAUAUAAUUGUUCUCAACAAGACCUCUAAGACAGACCUUGCCAUCCACGCAUUAAAAAAUAACUUUGAAGCGGAUGCCUAUUUUGUUAAAGUCAUUGUUCUCAGUGGUCUCUGUUCCAAUGAUUGUCCUCGUAAGAUAACGCCCUUUGGUGUGAACCAGCCUGGACCUUAUAUUAUGUACACAACAGUAGAUGCAAAUGGAUAUAUGAAAAAAGGUUCAGCUGGACAACUGAGUCAGUCCGCACACUUUGCUCUCCAGCUCCCAUAUAACGUUUUGGGCUUGGGACGGAGUGCCAAUUUCCUGGAUCACUUGUUCGUUGGCAUCCCUCGUCCUCCGGGUGGGAAGUCUGUAAGAAAGCAGGAGUGGACGGCCAUCAUCCCGAAUUCCCAGCUUAUAGUCAUUCCAUAUCCUCAGGACACGCCUCGAAGCUGGAGCGCCAAACUGUACCUGACCCCAAGUAACAUUGUGUUGCUCACAGCCAUUGCCCUGAUUGGGGUUUGUGUGUUCAUCCUGGCGAUAAUUGGCAUAUUGCACUGGCAGGAGAAGAAAGCAGACGACCGAGAGAAAAGACAAGAAGCCCACCGGUUCCACUUCGAUGCUAUGUGACAUGCCUUAACAGCUUGAUGGAGAAAUUGCUGCUGGACCUAAAAUACUACAUUCUAGCCUGCAACAG